GUAUAGGUUUCGUUCGUGAAGGAGAAGAGAACGCUUCGAGCGAACCCGCCCAUCUGUUGAAGAAAGGAAGAAACCAAAAAUUUGUUCACUCCAGUCUUCUUCCGGAGUAGAAGGAGAAGAAGAAGAAAUUUUAUUCUUCCUUUGCUUUUUCCGCCACCGAAUAAAAAUACUGAACGAACGCUCGCAAAUUCCCAAACCCCCCCCAAGCUGCCGUCUUCAGUCACUUUUAUUCCGCCGGUGUAAUCAGUUGUGUGAUACCACAUUUUCAGUUUCGAUUUGAAUUUGAUUUUAUUCUGUCCAAGUUCUCCGAGUGCGGCUGAAUUUUGAGUGCCAGUGCAGUUCAGAGGCUAGUUUCACCUUUUUUUCCGGAAGAUUUGAAUGGAUUGUAAUCGCCGCUGUGAUGUCUGAUGGAUCGUCUGCAACACAGAUCGGCGGAAUAAGCGACCGGGAAGUGGCCAUCGUCGAUAGUCUCGACAGCAUCACCACGACAAAUAGCGACGAGGACGACGGAAGUAGCGAUUGCAGCAGCAGUGACAUUGGCAGCAGUUACAUUUCGGAUCAGGACGAGGAGCCCAUUUCCAUCGUGACCAACAUCAGGCCUUCGCCGGCAUUUCAUCCGGAAGACGAGGAAGAAGAAGAAGAAGCGGAAAUUGAGGAAAAGUCUCCGGCCGGAGGCAGGAUCGCCAAAGAUACCGGCUGUUGCCUCUACAGCGCCAUCACCGCCAUUUUCGUCAUGGUGGUUUUAAUCGGAAUCGUGUUGAUCGUUACCGGUCCCGUUCUGGGACUUUCCUUCCCGCCGCUUUUUCGAGCCAAUACUCCCGUCAUUCUGCCUCCCAUGGAACACAAUUACCUGACGGCUAAUUUCAGCGACGAAAUUCCAGCCGUCGACGAAGACCUUCUCCAUUCAAACGACAAUCAGGCGGAUUAUGCGGAGCAGUACGAUCCCGGCGAUGGAUCUAAUAAUCAAACGGCCGAUUCUUUCGAAUACGUCGAUUACCUGGAAGAUCAACCGCAGGCUAAUUUGACCGACUUCCUGGCCGCCACUCUCAACAAUUCUGCCGGAAUUUUUAACGAGUCGGUGAUCGAGGAUCUAGCCAAUUUGUCGCCGGAAGCGCUGCGCACCAAGUACGUGGCUUACGUGCCUAUUCCGCUGAAAAUCGACGACGACGAGGAGGAGCAGAGCGACUACCAGGAAGAAGACGUCGAAGACGCUGGCGUCAACGACAGGAGUGACAAUCAUUAUAAUCAAGAAGAUGAUACUUACUACGAAGAAGAAAUGGCCACUCCGCGAUCCUCAUCCGCCGUCCGGCGACGUCCAACCAUCGAAAAGGUCCUGUUGCCCAUCGUCAUGGUGCCAGAGUCCAGCCACGUCGGAGAACAGCCACAACGGACUCAAACGAGUCAAGGAUCGGAUUCUUGGCGAUCCAGCGAAUACUCGGAGGAUCGAUCCAGCAAUCCGCCGCGGAGAUUCGAUGGAGAGCAGAUGGAAAUCCGGGUGGAUAACGAGGAAGAUUUGACGUCGUCGCCUUCACUCCGCAUUCCCGGUUUGAAUUUCCCGCGUCGAGGCAACAAUCGACCCGAUCACGAUCGCAGGAGACGUCCAGGGAUCGAUUACCGGAUGUUUGGAUCUCCGCCUCAUCCGAACAAUAGACGAAACAAGAGACCGAAUCGCUUCCGUGAUCGUGAUCGUGAGCGAUUCCGCCCGAGGGACGAUUUCGGUCGGACGACCAGUCUCCAUCCGCACAGGGCCCUGCCUCCGCCCAACCGCUCCCGUUCCAGGAACAAAAUCAACAGGCAGCGUGAAGUUGAGGGUCGUGAAGGCAAUCCGGCGCUGUACAUCCGCCCUCCGCCUAGACCUCGUCCGAGGGAGACCCAACAACCAAUCCGCCAGCGAGUCCAGCGACCUCCUUCCGUUCCGGAAUCUUGGGUGAACCGACAACGCACCAUCGAUCCUCCGGUGACUUCUACCAAACGGCCGGCGUAUUCUUAUCCUCGAGAUGCCAUGAGCAUCCAGGACAUCAUCAGUUACAUGACGUCAAUGAGCCACUCGAACGAGAAGACGACCAAAAAGCCAAACUUGACGCCAACCGGGCCGGACCACAGAACGGCCGUUUGGACCAACAGUCCGGAAUAUUAUUCAAAUAAUCAACGCGUCGGACAAUCUUAUCCAUCCGUCUUACCUCCGCCGCCUUCCAUGGGAAUAUCCAGCAGGGCUCACGACAGUUUACCGAUCGAAUCCCACAGCAGAGGAGUGUCCAGCCCGGGAUCCAAUCCUUACUCGUUCAAGCUGGACGUCUACCCAAUCAGGGACAGUCUCCUAGGCGGUGGCAGUUCUUCCAGCAGUUCCUCUUCUUCCAAUUACGUCCCACCAGGCCCGUCCUACAAGCAGCAGAGUGUCUUACCGCCGCCCAGCUACCGCUACCGGCCCACGUCGUCCUACUACGAGAGCCGACAGCCGUCGGGCGAUUCUUCCGGUAGUCUGUCCGAUCCUUACAAUUACCGGCGACGUCCCCAACAACACGGAAGCGGAUCACAGGAACAGUACCGAUACCGGGACAACGACGAUGAUGCUGAUAUGCCACUCCCGUUGGCUUAUCGGCCAAGACGACCGGAAGCAACUACUCCAAAGCCCAAACUGGUCGUCCACUUGAACGUCUUCAAUCAAAAAGGCGACCGCAACCGAUACGCCGACGAGCGUCGUGAUAGUCAAGAAGCGGAAGACGAUUACUAUUCGCCCAGUGACAUCUACCGUGCCGUCUUGAGGAACAAUGCGGCCAAAACGACUCACGAUCACGAAGCAGGUGGUGACGAUAGCCUCAUGCUGAGCGGCCAGAGCCGGAUCGACACUUUCUCUCAGCAUCAAAUGGAUCAGAAUGGAGGAGACAGCAGUUCUUCCGGUUCUUCCUCAUCUUCAUCCAGCUCCAACUCGUACGACAAUCACAACAUGGCCGCCUCGUCUCCGGCGGAUCACUACUACAGGUCAAUGGGAACGAGAAGGUCGUCAUCGUCUCCGGCUGCUACUAAUGCGGCUAAUAAUUAUCGCAUCAGUCACCAGAGCCGGAAUUUCUAUCCGGCCAUUGAUGACGACGUUCCUGAGCCUCUGCCCAUGCCCAUGGCCGCCCAGCAAUCUGCGGAAGAAUCUGCCGAUUCGGCGUUAUCCAGUUGCCUGACUACUAAUUCCGGCGGGGUCAACUGCACACAGGGAUCAUCUGUUAUUCCGUCGGCGGAUCGAGUUAACAAUACCCAAACAGCGCCACUUGUUAUUAGUUGAUCAUUGACUGCUGUGCCUGCCUAUUGAGGUCUAAUCGCUGAUUUCCUUAAUAACUGACCUUUUUGAUCGCAUCCGGAUGCGAAAUUGGAUAGUUUACCCGAUAACCAAAAUGUACGGACCUUAUCAUUUCCAGUUCAGCUACAUAUAAUUUGCGUGUACAGAGUUUCGUCUAUUAACAUAGAGAUGUUGUAUGUCAAUCAUCAAAAGAGCCAUCAAAUUAACAUUAACCUCUAUUCAAUGAUAAUACACUUAUUUAUUACAUGGUCGGCGUCCGACGUGAUGAAUAUUAACGAUUGAUUCCGACUCCCCCCCCCCCGUUCCAUGCCCGCUAGGUCUUUUUAAUUAAUCAAUGUUUCCGCAAAACAACACCCGAAAUCCUGUACACACGUAACUGCUCUAGCCGAGCAGUAAAGGCUAUUAAACGUCCGGCUGUGUGCAAUGAAAUCAAGGCCGCCCGUACGUGCAGGAGCAGGAGCGGGACAGCACGGGAAUAAUAGAUGACCGGCGGAGAGAGAGAGAGAAAUACUAAGACGGACGAGGGCAAACGAAUUUCUCCCAUUCGCGGAUUUCGUCGAACCAAUGGCGAUAUAGGCUGCGCGGGUGGCGACAGAUCGAAAUCAAUACUCUUCGCAGCUAGUUUAGGUGUGUGGGAGAGUGCUGGGCUUGUCUCUAAAAGAAGAUUCUAAUCGUAUCAAAUGGUUAAAUUUAGUUUCAAAAUUCAUUUUAAAGGUAAAAAAACGUCCAUUUUUCGGUUGGAAUCCGCCAUAAAAGUCUUUGAAAUGAUUUGGUGGCCAUCGCUAGUCAUCGAAUUGUUCCGACGUCGGUAAUUACAUUUGUCAAAAAGUCGCUCGAUUCUCAAUUGCAUUCAAAUAUUUAAAUAAUGAGAAAUCAAUUGAAUUUCCACGGGAUUCUCGAAUGUGCGGAAAUCUUUCAGGAUUGAUGGAAAAUGCCCCACCAAAAAAGAAUUCGGUUCAAGAAGAACCUAGUAACUCUUGUUGUAUCUUCUUCUAUGUACGUUUUGAUCGAAAUGUUAUUGUCGUAUUGAGUGAUGGAGGGAGCGAUGCGCCUGCCCCGGCGUCGGCGCAAUAACCCGAUCCAUAAUGUUUGAAACGGCGCUCCUUUCUGCCGCUGGGUGGUGUGUCCAGCAGCACAACGACGACGACGACGUGUACAUACUAGCGAGAGACUGGGACGAUGCGGGGGAGUGCGCCGUCGCAUCACGAUGGAAAGGUGACGCCAGCCAGCCGAGCCUCUGUUGCCAUCGAGAGCGAGUAACGAACGGUGCUGCGUCCGCCUUACGUCCCGUCACGAUCCUUUUUUCGCAUUUUCCUACCGUGAAGGAACCCAACAGAAGAGAAGAGAGAGGAAAAUUAUCCAAAGCGUCGCAACCCCUGGUGUGUGUCGCCCCCUAUUCCCCUCCCACCCCACCGUGUGCGUGUGUCUAUCGUGUGUGACUGUGUGUGUCGAAUCAGCUGCCUUUCGAGAGAUAGACAACCAAUUGUCUUAAUGGCUUAAUUGAAAAAAGUUAAAUUCAAAAAUCCCGCCAAGUCAGAAAAAAAGAUUUUCGAAUGUGACGUCACAACGGGCUGGGUAGGAAACUUAUCUAAUCAUUGAUCGUCGCGGUAUUAACCCCCCAGAGAAACUAACUCACCGGAACUGGGCCUCAAAUGUGCGGUUACCGGACGAGGAAUUGGCCGUCGAAGAAAACCUCCCUGCGCUGGGGCGAUUGUUGUGUCCGACACGUUGCUUCGCUCCUGAUGAUCCAUCGCCAACCGCCUGCCCUUCGCGUGAUCCAUUCUCACCUGUGAAAACAAAUUCAAACAAACCAAAAAACACAUUUUUCAAAUUCAACGCUCAGUCCAAUUUUUAGUUUGUUAUUGCAAUUUAAAAAGAAACGAAGAAGAAGCCUGUCAUCAUCAUCGGUUGUUUGAAUUUCUCAUUGUUUAAAAAAAAAAUAAUAAUAUCAAAACUUACGGCUGGACCAACGAAACAAUUUUCAGCGAAAAAAUCAAAUCAGUGAAAAAAGAACGAUUUUCAAUUUCGGACGAUUCCUCUACACGGACAGCACAGAACAGCGCACGCAACUACAACACACACACACACAUACAUCCCCCACGAUAACCUAGCAAGCAAAAGAAAUACAAAUUUAUACCUGGUGGUCGAACAAG